AUCCAAGAAAGCGGUCGAGACACAGAUUGCUCCGUGCAGACGGGAAUAAGAUAGAGUGAUGGGUCGUGAAAGCAACGGGCGAGAUUGGGGCCACGUCCUCAGGCUCCGGCUAUUGUUGGCGAGUUCCGGUAAUUCGUACGACCUUUUUUGAUCAUCAUCAUCAUCAUCACCAUCACCUUGGUCGUCCUGAAUCCUACCCCCUCGGUCUGGAUCCUCAACAUCGCGAAUCCUUCAAGGCGGGACCAGUUACGGAUAGCUGAUACAAGAGGCCAAAAUGGACAAGGUAUCGGAGCAACCCUGGAAGCUGGAAAGGGCGCAAGGUGCUUUAGGGCGGCCGACAGCCGCGCUGGUCUGGGUGUGUGUAACUGUGAAUUAUCAAUCUCGAGACAAGGGCCCUUCCCCUUCCCCCAUGUCGACUUGCAAAUGUAACGUGCGCUUCAUCUGCUUGUUUGGGACGCUCGUUCUCGGCCCCCAACCAGCGAUAGUGACUCUAGGCUCUGGCUCUGGCUCUGUAGGCAGUACCUUAGUCUGUAAGUCACACAACAAAGUACCUGCCCCCUCAUCCUCCGCAUCUUCCUCCAUCUACCUCAACCGUGGAUGCGCGGAUACAACCCUCACCUGCGCUCCUUCGGACGAAGUGACCCAUCCCAUCGUACACCUUGUAUCCGUACUUCGUACCCAUCUAACCCUUCUCCCCUUACCCCGACCUCGACCUCGACCCCUUCUCAAGAAUCACCACACCUCCAAACACAUCGCUGGGUCAUGCCAUGCCAUGCCCAUGCCCAUGAUCCGAACAAUUCCCCAUGUCCCUCUCUCUCUCUUCACUGAGCCUGUAUCGUACGGUAACCUAUAUCAUAACCCCGUCCAUGGAUACCAUCGACGCCCGCAAUACCUACCCUACCCCCAAACCCUUGUCUAUGCCGGCCAGCCGGCUCCAUCGCCAAAACACCCCUUGUCCCUGGAUCUUCGACGCAGCCUGGGCAAGCCGCAAGGUCGAAAGCUCGCAGUGGGUGGGGACCUCGGACUUGGGUUCCACAGGAGAGGGUACGAAUAGGCAUCCAACAAAACGUGCAGCUUUUUCUCUACGGAGUAUCUGUAAUUGCUGCACAGCUCCAACAGGGCUGCAUUUCCCAUCGCUUGAUGCUAUUGCAGGGACACGCCGUUGAGACCGUCGGGUUCAGACAUCGUCAAGCGCACACCUGACCUGACUUCUAACGACUUUUUUACGCGCCAGUAACCACCCCUCCUCUGGCGCAUCGAGAACGUCUAGAACAUGCCAUCACCAUCACCAUCACAAUCUUCGACCUCUGAGUGGCCCGCCGUUGCAUGACA